AUGACUUCUGGGAGCUUUAUUUUGAGCGUGUGUGCUGUUUUAUAUCUUUAUAAUGGUGGAAGAUGGACGAUAGUGCUAUCUGCAUUUGUUUUGUCAUAUUUAUACAAACUUGAAAGGAAAUCAACAUCAACAACAGUAACACCAGUCCCUGAAGCCACUACCGAGGAUAGUUUGAAGUCCCCAAUAUACGCAGUGGAUUUUACCUCGACAACAUUUACACCAUCGACUACAACAAACAUACCAAAGACAUUACGUCUGCGGGCUAAAAGAUCACCCAAGAUUAUAAAAGCUAGUAAACCAACACCACAACAAUUAAAUGAGCCUAUUUUGACCAAGUCACAAGUGGAUCUCAAGAAGUCACAAAUAUACAUCUUUUACACUACCUUGACAGGCUCUUCCUUGAGGUUGGCUAAAAACUUGCAUGAAAAAUUAUCAUUAAUGGAGUUGGUCCAUGAGCCAAAGUUACUAAGUCUCGACGACGAUGUUGAUGAUCUUGAAAAAUACUUUUUAAAAACCCCAAAAUCUGAUGAGAAUACAAAGAAUAUAUACCUUUUAGUGUUGCCUUCAUAUGAAACGGAUUCCCCUAUAGACUACUUCUUGGAACAUUUGAUAGACACGUAUCAAGAUUUUAGAGUGGAUAAGUACCCAUUGAGGUCAAUCUUAGGGUUUGCCGUGUUGGGAUUGGGCGAUUCCGAAAGUUGGCUGGGUGAUAAGUUCUGCUACCAGGCGAAAUUGGCUGACAAAUGGUUGGGAAAAUUGGGUGGUAGAAGGUUGUAUCCUUUGGGUGAAGUGUGUAUGAAAUAUGAGGGCGAACCGAAAGCCAAGGAAUGGAUUCAAAACUUUGCCGAGCUCUUAGUUGAUGAGGAACCAUUUUACAUCGAUGAGAAUAAUGAUGAUGAGUUUGACGAUAGCGAUAAAGAAGAUAUUAGCGAUGAUGCAAACACAUUGGUGGAUGUUGAGGACAUGGGUGAUAUAAUACGUAAGACUGGUCAAAGAUCGACGCAGCAAAUGGAAGUCAAACAAAUGGUUGCCAAAGACUCACCAACAUUCAAAACCCUCACAAAACAAGGAUACACAAUCGUUGGUUCACACUCGGGAGUUAAAAUUUGUAGAUGGACAAAGUCUGCAUUGAGAGGAAGAGGAUCAUGUUACAAAUUUGCAUUUUAUGGUAUCAAGUCACAUCUAUGUAUGGAGACCACACCUUCAUUGGCGUGCUCAAACAAGUGUGUAUUUUGCUGGAGACAUGGAACUAAUCCUGUAGCCAAACUGAAUUGGAGAUGGGAAUUGGAUCCACCAGAGAAAGUCAUGGAAGGUGCAUUGCAAGGACAUUAUCAAAAGAUUAAACAAAUGAGGGGUGUUCCAGGCAUACAAAUGGAUAGGUUUCAAGAAGCAUUUAAGGUUAAACAUUGCGCAUUGUCACUAGUUGGUGAACCAAUCUUUUACCCACAUAUCAAUGAAUUUGUUGGCAUGUUGCAUGAACAACACAUUAGUUCAUUUUUGGUUUGUAAUGCUCAACAUCCCGACAACUUGGCUAAAUUGUCAAAGGUAACACAAUUGUAUGUGAGUAUUGAUGCGCCAACAAAGACGGAUUUGAAGAAAGUUGAUCGUCCUUUGAAUAGUGAUUUCUGGGAGCGAUUGAUGUCUUGUUUGGAUAUCUUGAGAACAACUCAGUCGCAUCAGCGUACAGUUUUUAGGUUGACUUUGGUAAAGGGGUUCAACAUGACUGAUAUCAAGAGUUAUGCCGAUAUGGUUGAACGUGCGUUACCUUCUCAAAUUGAAAUUAAAGGAGCUACAUUCUGUGGCUCUUCCAAUGGUAAUGGAAACCCGUUGACUAUGCAAAACAUUCCAUUUUAUGAAGAGUGUAAGGAGUUUGUUAGAGCUUUGAAUGAUGAAUUGCGUGUUAGAAAUCUUGGCUAUGACAUUGCUGCUGAACACGCUCAUUCGUGUUGUAUCUUAGUUGCUCAUGAGAAGUUCAAAAUCAAUGGCGUUUGGCACACACAUAUUGAUUAUCCUAAAUUCUUUGAGUUGUUGGAGUCUGGUAAAGAUUUUGUUGAUAUUGAUUAUAUCAAACCAACUCCCGAAUGGGCUGUUUGGGGUUCAGAAGAAGCAGGAUUUAAUCCGGUAGACACCAGAUGGGACAGAAAGGCUGAGAAGUUGAAAAACAAAAUAGCUAGAGAGGAAGAGGCUAAAAGAAAGGAACAAAUACCGGUAGAGGUUGUAUAG